AUGUCUCAGCUGUCAAUUGUCCUUGGUACCGGUAUCCUGGGUCUGGCCUAUCUGGCCUAUCUGGCCCUCUACCGGCUAUAUUUCAGUCCCGUCUCCCACAUUCCGGGGCCAAUACUAGCGAAGCUGACUUUCUGGUAUGAGUUUUACUACGACGUGGUGUUGACGGGACAGUACACUUUCAAAAUCAGAGAACUACAUAAACUCUAUGGGCCCGUGAUACGCAUCAACCCCGAAGAGGUUCAUAUCGCAGACCCCGACUUCUACGAUGUGAUCUACACAGGCCCUACGCAGAAAAGGGACAAAUGGGCAUGGUUCUGCAAUCAGUUCGGGAUCCCAGAUUCUGCUUUCGCGUCUGUCAAGCAUGAGGUUCAUCGUAUGCGUCGCAAUGCUUUAAAUCCAUUCUUCUCAAAGGCCAAAGUCCGGAGCCUGCAACCAUUGAUUGAAGACGUUGCGCGUAACCUUGUUUCGCGAUUUGAAGAGUUUAAGGAACGCGGUGAUCAUUUCAAAUUAUCUUUGGCGUAUGCUGCAUUGACAAAUGAUCCAGAUAUCGCCGAGAUGUACGCCUUGGGCCGGAAUGAUAGUCGAGUCGAGGCAAAGGACUUCGACCCAAGCUUUCACGAUGCUUCUGUGGUGGGAAGCACUAUGGGACAUCUCACCAAGCAGAUGCCUUGGAUCCUCAGUCUCAUGCAAUCACUACCGGAUUCAGCUGCCGUCAUCAUGAACCCAGAUAUGGCCUCAUAUGUUAAGCUUCAAAGAGACAUCAAAGCUCAGAUCGAGAUCAUCCAACAACAUCAUGGAAGCUCAAUGUACAAGGACGCAGCCCACAAGACUAUUUUCCACGAAAUCCUCGCAAGCGAUCUUCCAGAAUCAGAAAAGUCUCCUUCCCGUCUCUGGCAAGAUGGCCAAGUCACGGUCAUUGCAGGUACUUUGACAACGGCAUCGGCUUUGUCGUAUGCCACGUACUGCUUCCUCACCCAACCAGAUGCUCUUAAACAGCUACGGGGAGAGCUGCAGACGGCAAUCCCCGAUCCAAGUCGGCUUCCACCGUUGUCUACACUUGAGCAGCUGCCUUACCUGAGAUCAUGUAUCAAAGAGGCACUUCGAUUAAGCAAUGGAGUCAGUUCAAGGUUGCAGCGGAUCGACCCAGAUAAGCCGAUUCUUUUUACCGACAAGGUUAUGAAGAAGGGGAAAACAUAUGUCUUGCCACCUGGAACUCCAAUCUCAAUGACCGGAAUGCUCAUGCACACUGAUCCUGAAGUGUUCGAGGCACCAGAAGUCUUCAAUCCGCAGCGUUGGCUUGACCAGCCUGGGCUCGAAAAGUACCUUGUGCCAUUUGCUCGGGGAUCGAGACAGUGCAUCGGUAUGGACCUUGCUUAUGCAGAGCUGUAUGUCACCUUGGCCUUGAUUUUCCGGCUCUAUGGCAGUAGAGAAGUCAAGAUGGAUGGUGACCAGGGCUACCUGGAACUAUAUGACACUCAGUUUCAGAGAGAUAUCGAAAUCGUUGGAGAUGGUAUCACUCCACUUAACCGCAAGGAGAGCAAUGGCCUGAGGGUUCGAGUCCGAGAUUCAAGGCAGGCCUGA